AUGAGUACAGCGCAAACGGCCCCUGAAGCUCCAGCCGCAGCUGAAGCUCCAGUCAGCCAAAGGAAAAAGAAGAGAAGGAAGAAGAAACCGCCUCGAAGACAGCGGCCAGCUUUUGCCCAGCUCAUCCUGUGGAGUGUGGAUUUCUCCAAGAGCCGCAAGGGCUUCUCCCUGGUGGCCAUCGAGAAGGAGCUGGCGGCGACGGGAGUCGACGUCCAGAGGAACAAAAGCCGCAUCAAAGCGGCGCUCAAGAAGCUGGUCACCAACAACAUCCUGUACAAGGUCCCUGGAGUGACUGAGGCUCCCGGCUCCUACAAGCUCUGCAAAGAACCAGGGGUCGGCAAAACGCAGCUCGUUUUGCAGCUGCCCAAGACCAAGGAGGCCAAGAAGCCUGCAAAGCAGAAGAGGCAGGCAGAUAAAAAGCCGCCUGCCAAUAAAGAGGCUAAAAAGAUCAAGAAGGGGACGAGGACAAAGACCUCCGGGAAGAUGAGGAACGUGGCCGAAGGCAAAGGAGCAGGCAAGACUUUUGCGACCUCCACUGCUCGCAGGGCAAUAGCUCCCCAGCGGAAAUCUUAA